UCAUUUCACUAUUACUACAGUUCUCUCUGCUCCCUGGUUACGUUUUGUGGGCUACUCAGUGCACACCACUAUUCCAACUUCAACGACUUUUCUACUUGACUUACAAAUAACCACGAUUUGACGUCUGUAAUUCCUCCUUACUAUUUUGUUGCUGAGAUCUCGCAGCCAUGUUGGUAAUAUUGGCCUUCAUCAUUCUCUUCCACAUAGUCUCUGCCAUCCUUCUAUUCAUCGCAACAAUAAAAAAUGCCUGGUGGGUUGUGGCGGCCGACCCCAACUCUAUCUACGCUGACCUGUGGUACGUCUGCAAUAACACAGUCUGUGGCCCCAUACCCAACAGCGCAUCGUCUGACGCAGGCUACCUCCAGGCUGUACAGGCUACCAUGAUCCUGUCCACCAUCCUGUGCUGCGUGGGCUUCUUCGUCUUCAUCCUGCAGCUCUUCCGUCUGAAGCAGGGAGAGCGCUUCGUCUUCACCGCCAUCAUCCAGCUGAUGUCAUCUCUCUGUGUGAUGAUUGGUGCCUCUGUGUACACUGCGCAGCAUGCCUCCUUCCAAGGCCAGAACCUGCAGGCGGGAGGCUAUGGCUACACCUUCGUCUUAGCUUGGAUUGCCUUCCCUAUGACUUUGAUCAGCGGGCUCAUGUACCUAGUUUUGAGGAAGCGCAAAUAGACAGAACUUAUCACCUCAACUUACCCCAUUGGCAAAAAGAAGCUCUUGCCUUGGGUUUGUUUGUUUUUGUUUUGUUUUUCUUGUAAAUAUUCUUAUUUUUAUGUGUAGUUUUGAAUACAAGCUGACAGAAAUAUAAGAAAAUCAGAAGAAAUUGUCUUAAGUGUAGCAUACUGGAAUCUUUGUUGUUUUCCCAAUAGUAGAAUGGUAUGACAUGUAGAAUAUUAACCCUUUUGUCAAUAAAAUAUAAAAACAAAAAAAA